AUGACGUCAAACCUGGAAAAAAAGACUUUCCAUCGCACAGAUGGUAAGAGUAAUUCAUCAAAAAGAAGAGCAGAGAAGCUGUGCACAUGUGAUCAGUGCGGGAGGAGCUUCACUCGAAAACAAACCCUAAGCGAUCACUUAAAGACCCACACUGAAAAGAAGCCAUUCACAUGUGACCAAUGCGGGAGGAGUUUCACAAAGAAAGGAACCCUUAAAGAUCACAUGAAAAUCCACACUGAAGAGAAACCACAUACGUGUAAUCAGUGUGACAAGAGUUUCAGAAAGUCAAGCUCUUAUAAAUCGCAUCUUCGUUCUCAUUCUGGAGUCAGACCAUUUGCCUGUGAUCAGUGUGAUAAAAGAUUUUACAGGGCAGACAUACUAAAAGAGCACAAGAGAGUUCAUACAAAAGAAAAGCCUCAUGUGUGUUUCCUUUGUGGGAGUAGUUUUAGUCAGUUGGGUGCUUUAAAUGUGCACCUGAGAAGACACAAGGGUGUGAAGAAUCACAUGUGCUUCGAUUGCAAAAAGACAUUUGUUACUGAUGCUGAGCUGAGACUGCACCAGAGAGUUCACACUGGAGAAAAACCCUACAAGUGUUCACACUGCGACAAGAGAUUCAGUCAAUCGGGAGACAUGAAAACACACGAGAGGACUCACACUGGAGAAAAACCCUACAAAUGUUCCUUCUGUGAGAAGAGAUGCAAUCACUUAGGACAUCUGAGGGCUCACGAGAGGAUCCACACUGGAGAAAAGCCGUAUCACUGCCUUCCAUGUGGGAAGAGUUUCGCGCAAUUACCUUCUCUACUCUGUCAUACCAAAUACAAAUGCCCAAAACCUCAGUAGGAGUUCAUAAUGUACUUAGAUCAUGUACUUUCAAGUGUGACCCUGCAUUUAACAAAAUGUUACCUACAGGUAACUGAGUCUAAAAUAAUAAUAACUCUUCCAU